UUAGAAGCUAUUACGAUUACCAUCAAUAAUUCAUGAUCAAUAUUAAGAGAAACAUACAAUGUCUUCUUACCAUUAUUAUCCAACAGCCAGUAUGUCGCCAAAAAGCUUGGGGUAAACUAACAUUUCCCUCGUCGCAAAUAAAACAAACUCUUCCUCACAAUGGAUAUUCUACCAGAGUGUUUCUUCAUAUUCACGUGCAUAGGUCUCUGGAAGCCCGCGAGCUGGACUGGCGGGAAAUCUAUAGCCUACAACUUUUACACACUAUUGAUGACUUUGAUACCGAGUUUGUUUGUCAUCUCGGGAUUCUUUGACUUGAUUCUUCUGACUUCAGAUAUCAGUGAAAUUAUUGACAACGUUUUUUUGGUACUUACCAUUAUGGCGGGCUGUGGAAAAAUGAUCAGUGUUGUUGCAAAUAAAAAUAAAAUUUCUAAAAUUUUUAAUUCGCUGCAAACAAAACCACUCAAGCCUCAAGAUGAUGAAGAAAUUAUUAUUAAUGAUCAGUAUUAUAAAAUUACUAGAUUUAUUACAUUUUGUUACUCAACAAUGACUGGAGUGGGAGUAACGUUGUUUGUACUUGGAAAAAUGCUGGAAAAUGGACCAAAAAAGAUGCUCCCGUAUAGAGGAUGGUUUCCUUAUAAUUACUCUCAUCCAUUAUUGUAUUCCUUAUCCGCUGGCCAGCAAGCGCUGACGAUGAUCAUCGCCGGAGCGGUCAACGCAGCGUACGAUACAUUUUUCCCUGGAGUGAUGUUCCUCGUUUGUGCCCAGGUAAAUAUAUUCAAGCAUCGUUUCAAAGUCAUGCUGGAUUCCCUGGAAAUGGAAAAUUAUUAUGAAAAAAUCAACAAAAAUCACAAAGUCGACCAUAGAAAAGUUAAUUAUGUAUUCAGCGAAUGCGUCAGACAUCACAUUUCUAUUUUCAAAUUAUUCGACGAUAUCAGCAAAGUAUUUUCCACUAUUAUAUUUGUUCAAUAUUCUGUUGGAUCAGUGAUUUUUUGCACGAGUAUUUAUCGCAUGUCGGACAUGGAUGUAAUGACAAUAGAGUUUGUCUCGAAUAUUUUUUAUAUUGGGAGUAUGCUGUCGCAAAUAUUUUUACUUUGCGUUUCUGCGAAUCAAGUGACCUUAGAGUUCCAGGAUUUAAAUACCGCGUUGUAUGACAGUAAAUGGUUCGCAGUUGACAAUAACGCUCGCAAGUCCUUAAUAAUAAUGAUGAUAAAUUCUCAAAAUCAAGUAACUUUUACAACCGGACACAUAGUUACACUUUCACUUGACUCAUUUACAAGCCUGGUGAAACUCUCAUACACAAUCUACAACGUCCUCCAGCAAUCAUCUGAAACAGUAAGGUUCUUUGUUUCCUCACUCCUCGACAUGGACGUUCUCCAGGAAAACUUUUCAGUCCUGUGCUACCUGGGGGUGUGGAAGCCGCUCAAUUGUUCUGGCGUAGCCUCUUUCUUAUACAAUUUAUACACUCUUCUGAUCGCAGCAAUGUCUCACACGAUGUUAUUCACCCAGAUUUUAGACCUUAUCAUUAGCACCAAGACAAUAAGCGACUUUACGAACAACAUCUUCAUAGUGUCGGCGAUUCUUACUGGAUGUUUGAAAGUAUAUCGAUUCAUACGGAGUCGCAAUACUUUUAUUUAUAUUAUCAAUAGUUUAAAAAGAGGAAUUUUUAAACCAGCGAAUCAAAAUGAAAUUAUCAUCUGGAAUAAUUAUGCACGAUUAACCAGACUUGUCACGAUAGCAGCGACAACAUCUCUUGUAAUAGGACUGAUUGUAAUGUCCUACGCACUCUGCUCAUUCAACAUUCCAAGAAAACAAUUACUGUACCAAGCCUGGCUGCCUUACAAUUAUACAUCUCGGCCGAUUGUCUACUGGGUGUCAUCGAUGGAGCAGCUCGUUACAGUUUACAUUCUCGCCGGAAUAAACUUUUCAUUCGACCUGAUUUUCUUCGGAACAAUGCUGAACAUUUGUGCACAAAUAAAAGUUCUGAAGCUUCGAUACAAAGUUGCUUUGUCGCAAUUCUACUCUGUUGAUUCCAACAACAAUGACAUACUCGAGCUAAAAGAUGUCAGCAAACUUAUUGCUGAAUAUACGACAUCACAUGAGUCAAUAAUAAAAUUAUUCAAUACGGCUCACCAUUUAUUUUCUACAAUUGUCACCAUCCAAUACUGCACCAGCUCAGUCGCAUUUUGUACAAGUGCAUUUAAUAUUACAAAAAUGAAAUUUUUCUCUUUUCAUUUCUUCUCGACUGCGCUUUACAUCAACAAUGUUAUGAUUGAGCUAUUCAUACUCUGCGUUUCUUCCAAUGAAGUAACACUUCAGUUUGCAGAUUUAGGCAAAGCUUUUUAUGAUUGUCAGUGGUAUGCGAUAAAUAAUGCCAACAAAAAAUCACUUGGAAUAAUGAUAACUAACACCGUAAAGCCAAUUUACUUCACUUGUGGUUAUAUUAUCCAUUUAUCACUCGAUUCUUUUACGAGCGUACUCAAACUUUCUUAUAGUAUUUACAACGUCCUUCAAAGUUCAUCAUAAAUACUUGUAGUCAAUUUUUGUUUUAACUUCAAAAUUUUGUUUUUGAUUAGUACCAAAAAUAAUUAUUACUCACCAUGAAGUUCUGUCUUACAAAUUAAUUUUUCAGCGAGCAUCUGUGGAUCUCAGAAAAAAUUUUUUAUGAAGUUCAAAAUUAUCUGACGUGUCUAUUGUGUAAAUAAUUAGUAAUUAAAAAAAUGAACAUAAUUAA